AUGAUUAAACAUCUCUUUAUAGGAGAUACACAAAACUUUGAAAAUGAUUUUGUUGGAACAACAAAGAAUGAAUUUGGUAUUGCAAUUGCAUUUUAUUCUGGUCUUUGGACAUAUAAAGGAUGGAAUAGUCUAAAUUCAAUGACAGAAGAAUUGGAAAAUCCCAAAAGAAAUUUAUGGUUAUCGAUUGUACUGACUUUACCUGGUGUUAUCGUUCUUUAUGUUCUUACUAAUAUCUCUUAUUUCACUGUAAUGAACAAAGAAACACUACUUGCUUCAAAAGUUGUCGCAGUCACAUGGGGCGAAGCCGUACUGGGUCCGGCUGUACGUGUUCUACCCAUUUUGAUACUUAUUUGCGCAUUAGGUAGUGUCAAUGGAAGUUUGUUUGGAGUUGCGCAAUAUUGUAUGGUUGGCGUUCAAUAUGGCUAUUUACCAGAAGUAUUUGCCUGUAUUCAUAAAACACGAUUGGCUCCAAUGUCCGGUAUUGUUUUCGAGGACAUGCUUGCAAUACUUAGUUGUCUUCCGAGUAAUAUUGAAAAUUUAAUCAACUUUUUCAGCUUCAGUGCAUGA